CCGGAAGCAGAGCGUAGAGGAAGCGGAAACAGCCGGAAGUGGAGGACGCUGGAAACAGCAUAUUUACACUUAUUUGUUUUCCUGGACAGCAGUUACAUUUCUUCGAGUGCAUCAACAGUAGCCGUCAGAAUGCCGCUGCCCGUGCAAGUCUUCAACUUCCAGGGAUCUGUGGAACCCAUGCAGAUUGAUGCAGAUCCUCAAGAAGACCAGCAAAAUGCUCAAGAUAUCAACUACAUAGUGGAGAACCCGACUCUGGAUCUGGAGCAGCAUGCGACCAGCUACAGUGGAUUAAUGCGAAUCGAGAGGCUGCAGUUCAUCGCUGAGCACUGUCCCCAGCUCAGAGUGGAGGCCCUGAAGAUGGCGCUCACCUUCGUGCAGAGGACCUUUAACGUUGAUGCUUAUGAGGAGAUCCAUCGCAAACUGACGGAGGCCACACGGGAUCUGCAGGACGUACCCGACACGGUGCCGGAUGGCGGAGCGGCUCCUCCUCCGCUGGACUCUGCCUGGGCAGAAUCUACCAGGAAAAAGGCUCUGCUGAAGCUGGAAAAGCUGGACACGGACCUGAAGAACUACAAAGGCAACUCCAUUAAAGAAAGCAUCAGGAGGGGCCACGAUGAUCUGGGGGAUCAUUAUCUGGACUGCGGGGACCUCAGCAAUGCUCUGAAAUGCUACUCCCGGGCCAGAGAUUAUUGCACCAGUGCUAAGCACGUCAUCAACAUGUGCCUAAACGUCAUAAAGGUGAGUGUUUACCUUCAGAACUGGUCACACGUGCUGAGCUACGUGAACAAGGCGGAGUCCACCCCAGAGAUCGCAGAGCAACGAGGAGAACGAGACGGUCAGAACCAAGCCGUCCUCACCAAGUUAAAGUGUGCAGCAGGACUGGCUGAGUUGGCCUCGCGGAAAUACAAGCCGGCGGCCAAAUGCUUCCUCCAGGCGUCCUUCGACCACUGCGACUGUCCAGAGUUUGUGUUUCUGCAGCUGCUGUCGCCCAGCAACGUUGCCGUGUACGGCGGCCUGUGCGCCUUGGCCACCUUCGACCGGCAGGAGCUGCAGAGGAACGUCAUCUCCAGCAGCUCAUUUAAGUUAUUCCUGGAGUUGGAACCUCAGAUUCGGGACAUCAUUUUCAAGUUCUAUGAAUCCAAAUAUGCUUCCUGUCUGAAGUUGCUGGAUGACAUGAAGGAUAACCUGCUGUUGGACAUGUACCUGGCCCCCCACAUCAAGAUCCUCUACAGUCAGAUCAGGAACAGAGCUCUGAUUCAGUACUUCAGCCCGUACGUGUCUGCAGACAUGACCAAGAUGGCGCAGGCCUUCAACACCACCGUGGCGGCUCUGGAGGACGAGCUCACCCAGCUCAUCCUGGAGGGUCUGGUCAACGCUCGCAUCGACUCUCACAGCAAGAUCCUGUAUGCCAGAGACGUGGACCAGCGGAGCACCACCUUUGAGAAGUCCCUCCACAUGGGCAAAGAGUUUCAGAGACGGGCCAAGGCCAUGAUUCUGCGUGCUGCGGUGCUGAGGAACCAGAUCCAUGUCAAGUCCCCCCCCCGGGAGGGAAGCCAGGGGGAGUUGACUCCAGCCAACAGCCAAACCAGGAUGAGCACCAACAUGUGAGGAAGGACGCCGGAUCCCUGCGGUCACCACACCUCACCGCAAAGAUGUCUGACCCCAGGAGACUGCUCAAGUUUGGUGUUUGUUGGUUAGAUUGUCAUGUGACGCGGUGCAGAGAUCAGACCCUUCACAAUAAAAGCUGAGCAUGAGCUGCAGAUGUGCUGCUGCUGUUCAAACUCUUGUCCACUGAGGUUUCAAAAUAAAACUACAACUGCUGCACACCAA